AUGAAGACUCCAACGAAUUGGACGGCACUUUUUGUGCUAGCCUUGGCGGCAUUUGGGUCUUGUCAUUGCAACUGUCGCUGUUUACCUGGCGAUAGCUGCUGGCCUUCAACGUCCCAAUGGGACUCACUCAAUCGGACCGUCAACGGUCGCUUGGUUGCAACUGUGCCCAUUGGAUCUCCUUGCCAUGACCCUCACUACGAUGAAGCCGCUUGUGCAGAUCUCCAAUCUAACUGGAACUUGCCGCAGACCCACUUCGUCUCUUCAUCGUCUGUGAUGCAAACCUAUUUUUCCAAUCAAAGCUGUGACCCCUUUACUUCCGAGUCCAGCGAGUGUCGCCUUGGCAAUUACGUGAAUUAUGCUGUGAAUGUCUCGUCCAGCCACGAUGUAGCAGCAGCUAUCAAAUUCGCAAAAUCUAACAACAUUCGUUUUGUCAUUCGGAACACUGGUCAUGACUAUUUCGGUCGCUCAACAGGCGCCGGUGCUUUAUCAGUUUGGACCCAUCACCUGAAUGAUAUCGAAUACAUUGACUGGUCGGAUGCCACAUACUCCGGACCGGCUCUUAAACUUGGUAGUGGUGUUAUGGGUUUUCAAGUCCUGGAAGCUUCUUCGGCCAGGGGACUUGUAGUUGUUGGUGGCGAAUGCCCAACGGUUGGCCUCGCUGGGGGGUAUACCCAAGGCGGAGGCCAUUCUGCUUUGAGUACUUCUUUUGGCCUUGGAGCAGAUCAGACUCUAGCUAUGGAGGUAGUAACUGCAGAAGGUGAUCUUGUCACAGCGUCACAAACCGAGAAUAUCGAUCUCUUCUGGGCUCUCAGCGGUGGUGGUGCCGGAAAUUGGGGCGUUGUCAUGUCUGUUACCGUGAAAGCGUACCCAGACACUAUCGUUUCUGGUGCCGCGCUCCAGUUUCUUGCCUCUAACACGACUACCGACAUAUUUUACGAAGCUAUCACAAGAUUCCAUACGUUAUUACCUGAUAUGAUUGAUGCAGGUGUCUCUGUAAUCUACGAGAUGACUUCCCAGGCAUUCAUCAUCCAUCCGGUCACUGCCUAUAAUAUGACGUCCGACGAUGUCAAAUCCAUAUUAUCGCCUUUUCUUUCGACUCUUACCGACCUAGAAAUUUCCUACGCGGUAUCAUAUACUCAAAAGACUGGGUACUACGAUCACUACAAUACUUACAUGGGCCCCCUACCAUAUGGCAACCUGGAAGUUGGAGCCUAUACUUACGGCGGUCGACUCGUCCCACGCUCUGUCCUUGAAUCAAAGUCUAGCACAGAAUUUUUUGGCUCGGCUUUGCGCAAUUUGACUGAGGGUGGGCUUAUUGCUGUCGGCGUGGGCUUGGAUGUUUCCAAUAAAAAGGGAGACAAGCCCGCCAACGCUGUCUUUCCCGAGUGGCGUAACGCAGCUAUCACUAUGCAGGUCGGUCUUACUUGGAAUGACUCGGCUCCUUGGUCCCAGAUGGUCGCCAAUCAGUUUAAGAUGACGAACAAGUUUAUGCCUCAGCUUGAAGCUGCAACGCCUGGCGGCGGUGCCUACGAAAAUGAAGGCGAUUUCCGCCAGCCUAACUGGCAGCAAACCUUCUUUGGCUCGAACUAUCAACGACUGAAGGAUAUUAAGGGAAAAUGGGACCCGCAUUCGUUCUUUUACGUUCUCAAGGGCGUGGGAAGUGAGCAUUGGACGGUCGAUGAGUCGGGGCGCAUGUGCGAAUCUCACGCGUGA